AUGUUGUAUGACGAGAAGACCAGAGCAGCAGUUCAGAAGAUCCCGCUUCUAAGUGUCAAAGCUGGACCCCGUGAUGAACAGUGGGCUGAGCGCUUGAAAGAAGAGCUCGCAGCAUUGAUUAGAUAUGUACAGAACAACAAGGAGAAUGACAGCGACUGGUUCCAUAUCCUCUCCAAUGAGGAUGGAACGAAAUGGACCGGCACCUGCUGGUAUGUGCACAAUUUGUUAAAAUACGAGUUCAAGCUUCAGUUUGAGAUCCCCGCGGGCUAUCCAGCUGUGCCGAUCGAAUUGGAACUGCCAGAGCUGGACGGAAAGACACCGAAGAUGUACCGUGGUGGGAAGAUUUGUUUGGACAUUCACUUUGCUCCGCUUUGGAGGACAAAUGUGCCGAAGUUCGGCAUAGCACACGCCCUUUCUCUUGCUUUGGGGCCAUGGUUGGCGGCUGAGAUCCCCUACUUGAUCGAAGCCGGCGUUGUCACCCACCAAACCGGGUCUGCCGAGCCUGAGAGACGCGCAGUCGAGUGA